AUGCGGCUUGUAUAUCUGCCAGCUUAUUCACCCGACAUGAAUCCGAUCGAAGAGGCCUUUUCGUGCAUCAAGGCCGCUAUCAGACGCAACCGCGACUAUGUGCUCGGGGAGUUGGGUGACGGUGCAUAUGCUGAUCCGUAUGCAAUGCUCUGGCAGACGGUAUAUGACACUGUUACCCCUGAGAAGGCGAGAGGAUGGUUCCGUGAUUCUGGAUAUGGUACUUUCUAA